AUGGAAUAUCAAGUCGCAGACACCUCCAUCAGCUUUGCCGAGCUUGAAGCUGACUCAAGCUGGGUCCGUGCCGUGAAAGCACACCGUGCAGCGGCGGCCCACCAGCCCAUCAUCUCGCCACCGCCUGCCUGGCCAACACCCAAGACUCCCUGCACUAACAGUCUCCGUCGUCACGCUCCGUCAUCGCCACCGGCCACCUCCAAGCACCAGCCUCCCCCACCAGCGCCACCCACCGUGCCCAUCCUGAAGACCUCCCGGCCUUCCCGCCCCCGCCCCCACUCAGUCUCCCGUGGUGCCGAGUCUGCCAGCCGCCACCGCUCCGUCUCCUUGCCGCCUCUGCCGAGGUCCGAGGCGUCCACCGCCCCUGCCACCACCACCAUAUCACCGGUAAGCUGGAAACCGCAACCUCACACGUCGGACCGCCGAACCGCGGCCCUCGAGACCACUAUCGCUGCCCAGCAGCUCCGAAUUCAGGAGCUGUCGCGCCAGCUGCAGGCCGCGCUAGUGCGUCUGUCCUCCCCCGCUCCUCCUCCUACUUCCCCAGCUCCCGCACCUCCACAGCCGCCGGCGCUAGCUGUGGAGCCGAUGAAUACGGCAUCUUCGGCUGCAUCAUCGCGCACCUCCUCUCCCAACCGCAGCCCCCGCUCAAACGCCGAUCACCUUCCUUCGACCCCGUCGCGCACGAGCGUGAUGUGGUUCGCCAAACAAGCUCCUUCUUGGAGGCGUUUUAGCAGCGCGUCAUGGCCCGCUUUGGGCGACUUGAGGAGCGCGUCGCCAGUAUCGACACCCGUGUGGCCGCCAUCGAAUCACACGUUACCGCUCUAG